AUGUCGCACGAUCCGUCGGCUUUUAUGUCCAUGUCAAGUGCCUGGGGACCACUGGUCGGGAACCCGCCAGCGCUGUACGGUCACAAUUACCAGACGCAAUACACCACGAAACAAGAAGAUCCUGAAGACCGGCCGACGCUGCUGCAUGUCCCCUCUGCGUCGACUUCCCAGUCGAGCACUAGAGCCGAUUCAAAUAACUCAAUGCAAACACAGACUUCCAAGUCGAGCAGGACGACUGAUCCAUCCGAAGCCAGCCCACCGAGGAAGAAGGGAAGGAAGAGCAAGGCCCCCGCGCAAGACGAGAACCACGGAAAACGAGACAAGUUCUUGGAGAGGAACCGGAUCGCGGCAAGCAAGUGUCGUCAGAAAAAGAAGGAAUGGGUCUCGGACUUGCAGGAAACCAAGCAGGGGCUGGAAAACCAACACGCACAACUACAGAUGGAAUACAAUGGAUUGGUGGAUGAGGUUACGCGCAUGAAAAACGAGCUCAUGUCCCACGCCAACUGCCAUGACCCAAACAUUAACUUAUGGCUUGAGAAUGAGGCUCGACGAUUUGUCCAAAUCAGUGCUGAGCGCGUCAAGAAGCAGAGUCUUGACGCUAGCCGGAUGGUUGGCCAAAUGUCUCUAAUUUCUCCUGCACGCUCUGAGCGCGCAAUGACAAGCAUGUCUUCGAGGUCCGGCAGCAGUGCGGACAUCAACUACGACCACAUGCCAGACAGUGCGUUCGAACAGGCGUAG